UAAUUUGAUGAAUCGAGUCGCUGUCAGAUGCGCUGAAGGGAGCAGCCUGUUGAAGACAGACAGCUGUAACAGAGGAGAAAGCACCGGGAUGGUUCCUCCACGCAUCUACUUCUAGUCGGCAGAGCCGAUUGCCGAGGAGAAGCUGUACCCUGGCAGCAGUGCUGUCCUGCAUUUAACGCCGCCGUCUUGUGCUUUUAUAUAUAUAUUUAUUGACACAUAAAUUUUUAUUUUAUUUUUUUACCUUUUAAACCUUUUUUAAUGGAUGCAGUGGAUUUGGUAUUUAAGAGCGCCGUACCUUUGACUGUACCAAGAGCUCUCUGAAUACUUUUCUUUGUAAAGUUGUGACCGAAGGAGGAAACGCUUUGUCCUAAUAAGGAGCCUGGGGGCCCCCGUCAGGAUGGUGAGCAACCAAGCAUCCGGUGUACCACCAGCACCCGGGUCCUGUGCUGGAUGUGGGGGGAAGAUCGCUGACCGCUUUCUGCUCUUCUCUAUGGAGCGCUACUGGCACACACGCUGCCUCAAAUGUUCCUGCUGCCAGGCCCAGCUGGGGGACAUCGGCACCACCUGCUACAGCAAAGGGGGCAUGAUUCUGUGUCGCAGUGACUACAUCAAGCUCUUUGGGGCAUGCAGCGCAUGUGGCCAACCAAUCCCAGCAAACGAGAUGGUGAUGAGGGCACAGGGGAAUGUCUACCACAUUAAGUGUUUCAGCUGUGCCACCUGUAGAAACAGACUAAUUCCCGGGGAUCGCUUCCAUUACAUCAAUGGUACAAUCUUCUGCGAACAUGACAGGCCCGCCACUGCUUUGCACAACAGCCACCUGGCUCCACUUCAGAGCAGCUCCGUGCUGACAGACCAGAAGGUAUGUUAAGUGGGAAGAGUCCUGAGUUUCCCAGCUUCACCUCCACUCUGUAUUAUUCCUCGACUGCUAUUUUUGCUGUUGUUAUAGUUGUUGUAUUGAAGCCUUAUUACUGCCCUUCAAUUUCACUUUUCUCAGCGAGGCUCCAGUUUAUUCUAAGGAUACUCUUCCCUUGCUAUUUCAGAGGUUUUCUAUACCAGGAUACCCACUCUGUUCGCACUCAAUGUAAGCAGCAGCCUGUGCAAAGGCUUCAGACUGUAUGUGAACUGCAAUGGCAAAAAACUUCCCUUACAAGACUGAGCAAACUUGGAGGACAAUGGUGACUCAAAAAAAAAAAAAA